CGCCUCAAUGUCAGCCAGUCCCUCUGGUGAAAUAGUGGAGGGCAGUUCAGUGACUCUGACCUGCAGCAGUGAUGCCAACCCACCUGUGGACAAAUACACCUGGUACUUUCAAAAUAAGACUUUUCAAAAUGGAUUUGGACAGAUCUACAACAUAAGUAAUUUCAAGUCUAAGGACAAUGGACAUUACCACUGUGAGGCCUGGAAUGGAAGAGGGUCUAGGAACUCUACAGUUCUGAUGAUAACUUUACCAGGGAAACAAACAUCAGUUAUGACCGCAGCUGUAGGAAUCAUAGUUGUUGUUCUGGUUCUCAUCUUCUGUCUCUCUGGCUUCAUGUGGUUCAGGAAGAAGGCCUCCAAAUCCACCUCUGACACAAGAGACACAUCAGAGAAUGUACAGGGAGACUCUAGUCCAGUGUAUGACAACAUCUCAAGCAUGGCCAUGACCCCUACUGCAGUACAGACAGCAGCCACCGUAGACCAGGAUGACGUUCACUACGCCAGCGUCCACUUCUCUCGCUUCAAAAACCAGGAAGUGCCUCUGUACUCCACUGUCCAACUGCCUCAACCCCAGAAACAGGACGAGGAUGUCGAUUACGAUGCUGUGAAAUUCAACCGCCCUAGUGCUGCCACACCACCCAAGGCGGCACAAGCAGCUGAGGAGGACUAGAGUCAACUACCCAGAACCAAGAAGACCUGAAAACAAGUCUGACAAAACCCCUGUAUAUCUGGACCUGUAUAGUCCAACUAAGUGAUAUAAUAAUAUAUAAUAAUAUAUGCCAUUUAGAAACACUUUCAUCCAAAGCAACUUAUUAUGCGUGGAGACAUGUUUCAUGCUGGUGGCCCCAUUGGGAAUUGAACCCAUGCACCAUGCUCUACCAACUGAGCCACACAGGACUGCUGUAUUCAAACUUAGUUGGAGUGCUGAUCUAGGAUCAGUUGUGCCUUUUAGACAAUGAUGAUUAAGAGGGGGAACCUUGUAAAUAAUGUUUGUGUUAAAUAUUUUUCAAUUCCAUUUUUUAAGUAACAUAGAACAAAGAUAUAAGUUACAGCAGACCCAGAAUCUGAACACAAAACCGUUGUCAAUACCUUUGCUUUGUAUUUCUGAAGUAGCCUCGAUGUCCAGUUAGAUUUUAUAUGAAGGCUAAGAACAUAAUAGUUUUUACAUUUCUUCUUGAUGUUUGCUCUCAGGAACAAUACAUUUAUUCUAUUCUAUUCUAUUACAUUAUACAGUACUGUUAGAUGAUACAUAAUAUAUGUUUGCUUGAUAUUUUCAUAUACAUUUGCUAUUGGUUUUAUGACAAAGUUAUAAGUGCCCUGAUGCAACUACUUGAUGCAACAUUUCUUAUUGCUUUUAGAAAAAUACAAAAUAUUGGAAACUAUAAA